AUGUCCACCUCCCGUGGGGGGCCCGAUCAGCCCCAGCAGCCGCAGCGGCGGCUUAUGCGGACCCAGACCGCCGGGAACCUCGGCGAGACCGCUUUUGACAGUGAGGUCGUGCCGUCUUCCCUCGUCGAGAUCGCGCCGAUCCUCCGUGUCGCCAAUGAAGUCGAGAACAGCAACCCCCGGGUGGCUUACCUCUGCCGAUUUUAUGCUUUUGAGAAAGCUCAUAGGUUGGAUCCCACAUCCAGUGGACGUGGUGUUCGUCAGUUUAAGACUGCUCUCCUUCAACGUCUGGAAAGGGAAAAUGAUCCGACCUUGAAGGGGAGGGUGAAAAAAAGUGAUGCACGUGAGAUGCAGAGUUUCUACCAGCAUUAUUACAAGAAGUACAUUCAAGCUUUGCACAAUGCUGCUGACAAAGCUGACCGUGCGCAGCUUACAAAGGCAUACCAAACUGCUAAUGUUCUUUUUGAGGUGUUGAAAGCUGUUAACAUGACUCAGUCCAUUGAAGUUGAUCGGGAGAUUCAGGAGUUUCAGAACAAAGUUGCAGAAAAAACGCAGAUUUAUGUACCUUACAACAUUCUUCCUCUUGAUCCUGAUAGUGCAAAUCAAGCAAUCAUGAAAUAUCCGGAGAUCCAAGCUGCUGUUUUUGCUCUUCGUAAUACCAGAGGUCUUCCUUGGCCGAAGGAUCACAAAAAGAAAAAGGACGAAGACAUUCUAGAUUGGCUCCAAGCAAUGUUUGGCUUUCAGAAGGACAAUGUGGCAAACCAAAGGGAACAUUUGAUCCUGUUGCUGGCUAACGUACAUAUAAGGCAAUUUCCGAAACCCGAUCAACAACCAAAGUUGGAUGAGCGAGCUUUGACAGAAGUGAUGAAGAAAUUGUUCAAGAAUUACAAGAAGUGGUGCAAGUUCUUGGAUAGGAAAAGCAGUCUCUGGUUGCCGACCAUCCAGCAGGAAGUACAGCAACGGAAACUUCUCUACAUGGCUCUGUAUCUUCUUAUAUGGGGGGAAGCAGCUAACUUAAGAUUCAUGCCAGAGUGCCUCUGCUAUAUUUAUCAUCAUAUGGCUUUUGAAUUGUAUGGUAUGCUAGCUGGGAAUGUCAGUUCUGUGACUGGAGAGAAUGUAAAGCCAGCCUAUGGAGGUGAAGACGAGGCUUUCUUGAGGAAAGUGGUUACUCCGAUCUAUGAAGUGAUUGCAGAGGAAGCAAAAAGGACCAAGCGAGGAAAGUCAAAGCAUUCCCAGUGGAGGAACUAUGAUGAUUUGAAUGAAUAUUUUUGGUCAGUUGACUGCUUCCGCCUAGGUUGGCCAAUGCGUGCAGAUGCUGAUUUUUUCCAUCUUCCAGCUGGGCAAUUACGGGAGAAAAAUGGGGAUGGUAAGCCUCCCCAGGAUCGAUGGGUGGGAAAGGUCAAUUUUGUUGAAAUACGCUCAUUUUGGCAUAUCUUUAGAAGCUUUGACCGGAUGUGGAGCUUCUUCAUUUUAUGCUUACAGGCAAUGAUAAUUGUUGCUUGGAAUGGCACGGGGGAUCCAACUGCAGUCUUCUCACCUGAUGUAUUCAAGAAAGUAUUAUCCGUCUUCAUUACAGCUUCAAUAUUGAAACUUGGGCAAGCUGUUCUUGAUGUAAUACUGAGCGGGAAGGCACACAGGAGCAUGUCUUAUUUUGUGAAGUUGAGAUACAUUUUAAAGGUGGUUUCAGCAGCUGCUUGGGUUAUAAUUCUACCAGUUACUUAUGCAUAUUCAUCAGCUAACCCUGGCGGAUUUGCUCAAACUAUCAAAAGCUGGUUUGGCGGAAAUAGUUCAAGUUCACCUCCCUUGUUUAUUUUGGCUGUGGUUAUCUAUUUGGCACCAAAUAUGUUAGCUGCUGUUUUGUUCUUAUUCCCCUCCAUCCGUCGAUUCCUCGAGAGAUCCAACUAUAGAAUUGUGAUGCUCAUAAUGUGGUGGUCACAGCCUCGACUCUAUGUUGGGAGGGGAAUGCAUGAAAGCACGUUCUCCCUGUUCAAGUAUACACUGUUCUGGGUUCUUCUCAUGGUGACAAAAUUGGCUUUCAGUUACUACAUUGAGAUAAAACCUCUAGUGGGGCCGACAAAAGCUAUCAUGAGUGUUCACAUAACCAAGUUCAAGUGGCAUGAAUUCUUUCCACAAGCAAAGAACAAUAUUGGAGUUGUAAUCGCUCUUUGGGCUCCCAUCAUUCUCGUAUACUUUAUGGAUGCCCAAAUAUGGUAUGCCAUCUUCUCUACUUUAUUUGGAGGAAUCUAUGGAGCAUUUCGUCGGCUGGGAGAGAUUCGUACUCUGGGAAUGCUGAGAUCUCGUUUCCAGUCAUUGCCUGCUGCUUUUAAUGAUCGUUUGAUUCCGGAUGAAAAGAGUGAGCCAAAGAAGAAGGGACUUAGGGCUACUUUUUCUCGCAACUUAACUCAGAUCCCAUCUAACAAAGAGAAAGAGGCAGCAAGAUUUGCUCAAUUGUGGAACAAAAUAAUCACUAGUUUUAGAGAAGAAGACCUUAUAAAUGAUAGGGAAAUGAAUCUGCUGCUUGUUCCAUAUUGGGCUGAUCGCCAACUUGAAGAUAUCCAAUGGCCUCCAUUUCUGCUUGCUAGCAAAAUUCCUAUCGCAUUGGACAUGGCUAAGGACAGCAAUGGAAAGGACCGUGAGCUGAGAAAGAGGAUUGAAGUUGACGAUUACAUGUCUUGUGCUGUUCGUGAAUGCUAUGCCCAAUUUAAAAGCAUCAUCAGGUUCUUGGUCCAAGGAAAGCGCGAACAAGAUGUUAUUGAACAUAUCUUCUCUCUAGUGGACAAACACAUAGCAGAUGAUGAUCUAUUACGUGAGUUUAAGAUGAGUGCUCUUCCCAGCCUCUAUGACCAGUUUGUCAGGCUCAUCAAAUACUUGUUGACUAACAAGGCCGAGGACAGGGAUCAAGUUGUGAUUCUUUUCCAAGAUAUGCUUGAAGUUGUUACAAGGGACAUCAUGGAGGAUCACAUCUCCAGUUUGGUAGACUCGAUCCAUGGGGGUUCUGGGAACGAGGGGAUGGCCGCAUUUGAGCAGCAGUAUCAGUUGUUUGCGUCUAGUGGGGCUAUUAUUUUUCCUGUUGACCCAGUAACUGAUGCUUGGCAGGAGAAGAUUAAACGGCUUGAUCUGUUGCUUACAACAAAAGAAUCUGCGAUGGAUGUGCCAUCCAACUUAGAGGCUAGAAGGCGCAUUUCUUUCUUCUCAAAUUCAUUGUUUAUGGAAAUGCCCACUGCUCCUAAAGUUCGCAACAUGCUGUCGUUCUCGGUUCUAACUCCCUACUACACUGAGGAGGUCCUCUUCUCACUGAAAGAUCUGGAGACUCCGAAUGAAGAUGGUGUCUCCAUCCUCUUUUACUUGCAGAAGAUUUUCCCAGAUGAAUGGAACAACUUUCUUGAGAGGGUCAAAUGUAGAAAUGAAGAAGAACUCAGGGAAUCUGAUUACCUGGAGGAACAACUUCGUCUUUGGGCAUCAUACAGAGGCCAAACAUUAACUAAGACUGUAAGAGGCAUGAUGUACUACCGGGAAGCUUUGGAGCUUCAGGCUUUUCUUGAUAUGGCCAAAGAUGAAGACUUAAUGGGAGGGUACAAAGCUGUAGAAUCCAGCGCAGAGGAUCAGGCAAAUGGUGACAGGUCACUAUGGGCCCAAUGUCAGGCAGUAGCUGACAUGAAAUUCACAUAUGUGGUGUCGUGUCAACUAUAUGGGAUCCACAAAAGAUCUGGCGAUGCCCGUGCGCAGGACAUUCUCAGGCUCAUGACAACUUACCCUUCUCUUCGUGUGGCAUAUAUUGAUGAGGUUGAAGAACCUACCAUGGACGGAUCUAAAAAGGUUAACCCGAAGGGCUACUACUCCACUCUUGUGAAGGCUGUGCCAAAGUCCAAGGACUCUUCCGAACCAGCGCAGAGCUUGGAUCAGGUUAUUUAUCGGAUAAAACUUCCUGGACCUGCUAUUUUGGGUGAGGGGAAACCAGAAAAUCAAAACCACGCAAUAAUUUUCACUCGUGGAGAAGGAUUGCAGACAAUAGAUAUGAACCAGGAUAAUUAUUUGGAGGAAUCUCUCAAAAUGAGGAACUUACUGGAAGAAUUCCUCAAAAAGCAUGAUGGUGUGCGGACCCCGACAAUCCUUGGACUUCGGGAGCAUAUUUUCACAGGAAGUGUUUCAUCUCUUGCUUGGUUCAUGUCAAAUCAGGAGACUAGUUUUGUGACCAUCGGGCAGAGAUUGUUGGCCAACCCUUUGAAGGUUCGAUUUCACUACGGUCAUCCUGAUGUGUUUGAGAGGCUCUUUCACCUUACGAGGGGUGGUGUCAGUAAGGCAUCCAAGGUUAUCAAUUUGAGUGAAGAUAUCUUUGCUGGGUUCAAUUCCACUCUUCGUGAAGGCAAUGUGACUCACCACGAGUACAUACAAGUUGGAAAGGGAAGGGAUGUGGGUCUGAACCAGAUCUCGAUGUUUGAGGCCAAAAUAGCUAAUGGAAAUGGAGAGCAGACUCUAAGUAGAGACAUCUAUCGGCUUGGGCAUCGUUUUGACUUCUUCAGAAUGCUAUCGUGUUAUUUUACCACAAUUGGUUUCUACUUCAGUACUCUUAUCACAGUGCUUACUGUCUAUGUAUUUCUCUAUGGCCGUCUCUAUCUUGUUCUUAGUGGGCUUGAAGAAGGUUUGAGCACUCAGCCUGCCAUUAGGGACAAUAAGCCUUUGCAAGUGGCUCUUGCUUCUCAAUCGUUCGUUCAGAUUGGCUUCUUGAUGGCAUUACCUAUGUUGAUGGAGAUAGGUCUGGAAAGGGGAUUCAGAACUGCGCUGAGUGACUUUGUACUGAUGCAGCUUCAACUCGCUCCAGUGUUCUUCACAUUCUCUCUCGGAACAAAGACCCAUUACUAUGGAAGAACUUUGCUUCAUGGAGGUGCCAAGUAUAGGCCUACAGGCCGAGGUUUUGUGGUGUUCCAUGCCAAGUUUGCUGAUAACUACAGACUUUACUCUCGGAGUCAUUUUGUCAAGGGUUUCGAGUUGAUGAUCUUGCUUCUGGUUUACCAAAUCUUUGGUCAAUCUUACAGAGGUGCUGUUGCUUAUAUAUUGAUUACAAUUUCUAUGUGGUUCAUGGUGGGAACUUGGCUUUUCGCUCCCUUCCUGUUCAAUCCAUCGGGAUUUGAGUGGCAGAAGAUUGUCGAUGAUUGGACCGACUGGAACAAGUGGAUCAGUAACCGAGGUGGAAUUGGUGUGCCUCCUGAGAAGAGUUGGGAAUCAUGGUGGGAAGAGGAACAGGAACAUCUUGAUUCUUCUGGGAAGCGUGGAAUAAUUGCUGAGAUAUUACUGGCUCUCCGAUUCUUCAUCUAUCAGUAUGGGCUCGUUUAUCAUUUGCACAUUACGAGGAAAAACAAAAGCGUUCUGGUUUAUGGUAUAUCAUGGCUUGUGAUAUUCCUCAUAUUGUUUGUAAUGAAGACUGUAUCCGUUGGACGGAGAAAAUUCAGUGCAGAUUUCCAGCUCAUGUUCCGGCUAAUUAAGGGAAUGAUAUUCCUCACCUUCGUAGCAAUUCUCGUCACAUUGAUCGCACUCCCUCACAUGACCAUUCGAGAUAUCAUUGUUUGCAUCCUUGCCUUUAUGCCAACUGGCUGGGGAAUGCUCUUGAUUGCACAGGCAUGCAAGCGUCUUGUGAAGCGGGCAGGAUUCUGGGGAUCGGUCCGCACGCUCGCUCGGGGCUACGAGAUUGUGAUGGGGUUGCUCCUCUUCACACCGGUUGCAUUUCUUGCUUGGUUCCCGUUCGUCUCGGAAUUCCAGACGCGUAUGCUCUUCAACCAAGCCUUCAGCAGAGGUUUGCAGAUCUCCCGUAUCCUCGGAGGACACAGGAAAGACCGGUCCUCCCGCAGCAAAGAGUAACCCGUAAGUGCUGUCAGUUCAACUGGGGAUUGAGGCAGCCAUUUUUUGUUCCAUUGCCAGUGUGCUGGCGAUUUCUUUUGGGAAAACUUAGACGUGAGGCGUCGGGUGUGGAAGGCAAGAAGCGAGGCUCGACUUGUCCCUGGCUUACUAAUUUAUAGCUUUCGCGGAGUAAUUGUAUGUAAAUAGAAUUCAGAAUCUUCAACAUGGCAUUUGCUGUACGGAAUCCUGUCAUUUGCUAUUUGAAAACCUCUACUGCAUUUCGGACAGUGAGGAUUCUAAUUUCUCGCAA